UUGGCCAAGAAAUUCUACGUCAACUCAACCAAAAAAACUUUUAAAAAUAUUGAAAGAAUUUGAAAAUAUAAAACUAUUAGAAACUCAGAAUAAGUUAGAAUUAUUUUUGAAUGAUAAAAUGUUUAAAAAAUUUGAUGAAAAAGAGAGUGUGUCCGGUGUCCAACAAUUAAAAUCCUCUGUACAAAAAGGAAUACGCACAAAACUAUUGGAAUCAUAUCCUCAUUUAGAAAAUUAUGCUGAUAAUAUACUGCCAAGGAAAGACGCAUUCAGGAUUAUAAAAUGCCAUGAUCAUUUAGAAAUACUUGUUAAUGGUUCAGGUGAACAAAUAUUUUUUCGUCAAAGAGAUGGUCAGUGGAUGCCAACUUUAAAACUUUUACACAAAUACCCGUUCUUUUUACCUAUGGAACAGGUAGAUAAAGGUGCCAUAAGGUUUGUUUUAAGUGGAGCAAAUAUUAUGUGUCCAGGUUUAACUUCUCCAGGGGCAUGCAUGACACCAGUUGAUAAAGGAACUGUUGUUGCUAUUAUGGCUGAAGGAAAAGAACAUGCAUUGGCUAUCGGAAUUACUGCACUAUCAACAGAAGAUAUUGCAAAAGUUAAUAAAGGAAUCGGUGUUGAAAAUUGUCACUAUUUAAAUGAUGGAUUAUGGCAUAUGAAGCCAAUUAAGUAAAUUUAGCAUUUUGUAUUUCAAAUUGUGAUCAAUGUAUUGUAUUUAAAAGGCUAGGUCUUAAUACAAAGUUUUAUAUAACUUUCUGAUAUAAUUGUCAACCUAAAAACAAAAAAAAAUAUACAUAUGUUUGGA